AUGGCAUCCUUUCCCGCCAUCAGCAAAAUGCAUGCCCGCAAGCAGGGAAUAUCGUCGAGACUCAGCAGACUGUCCGUGGAAGAGUCGGAUGAGGUGCUGACGGAACGUAGAUGCGCUGAUGGAAACAACUUUCUUAAUGUGCUUUCUGCUCUCUGGAGCGUCUCACUGGAACAACCUCAGCGGACACCGAAGGAGUUUUUCUUGCGACCAGCUGUGCCCAUCCGCGAUGUAUACACAACGCGUCUCCUGGUUAACCUUCUUUGGUUUUCCAGAAACUAUCACAAUAUGGCCUUGUUGAUCUCAUUAGUUGUUAUUUUUUGUGCACCUCCAUGUGCAUUGAUUGUGACUGUGAGUUGUAUCAUGCACAUUACGAAGCGGUACACUUCUCGAGGGACGCCGAGCACAGUCUCAGAUGCAACAAAGAAGACCCGACGUGAAAGUGGUCGUAGUGGGAUAAUGGUAUUGCUGACACUCCUGCAGAUCGGUUGCUGCAUUUAUGUCUGGUACCUGUGUGGUUUUUUUUCUGUUGUCAUGUGUAUUGCUACUGUGGCGACACCCAUAGUUGCUCAUGCCUUUUUCACACCUUACACGGAUGAUGCUUUUGAACUUUACUGUGAGUUUCUCCGAAAGAGGUACCUACCAGCACCAAGACUGUGUUCACCGACACGUUCGUUUUCCUCAGUGGACCCCACUUUUGAGGUUCUUAAUAGGCUUGGAUCGAUUUCAGUGAGUCCUACUCAUAGUAACAGUGGGAGAGGUAACAGGCCAUUCAUUUCACCUCAUUCCUUCACGCUGCCUCGGUGUACACACAAAAAAGAAAAGGCAGAGAUGCAUUUGCGGAUGAAAUACCUAGAACCACCCGAGUGCCAAGGAAGAUAUUCCCCGUCGAGCGAAACUCUCACGGAGAAUUCAUCUUUCUCUAAGGAAGUACUUGAUGAAUGCAUUGAUCCUGUUGAACUUACAACACCUGUAGCUGGAGCCGAGAAUUCCACGGAGGUAUGCGCUGCCGCCUCACUGAGACAUUUGAAGUUACACCUAAACAUCGAAGGGGUCACUUUGCUUCAACAGUCCCAAGAGUCCGGAGUACUUCAGCCUUUGCAAGACCCACUCGACGGUGAUAACAAUAACGGAGUGGCCACAUGUGAAGAAGAGACUGAACCUUACCCAUGUGAGAGGCGAUGUACGACAGAGUCGGUGGAGGAAAAAGAGGAAGAGGGGAUGUCACUUGUUGGUAGUAUUCUCACAGAGAACAUAUCCUCCGCACUUUCAUCGCAGGCCACUGCCAGUCCAAGAUGCGGGAGGUGCGUGAAGGGAAUACGGCUCGUUAUGGAAGUUCCAGUGGACGUGGACAAGUAUGAGUGCAAAUGGGAAAAAUCGGAGACCGUGAUGAAUCCGGAACAAGGGGAGGAACAGGAUUCAAAAUUGAAUUGA